UGGAGUGGAGGGAGGAGGAAGAAGCAUAAGCCACGCCCAGUUCGCGUCCUAUCAGUCAAAGCCGUCAGCCGAGGCCACGCCCCUACCCACACGGCCAGGCGCCUCAGCGCUUGUGCUGCGCUCGUGCCCGCGCGGCCCCCCAGCACACCCCCCGGGAGCGCGCACCGGCUAUGCCGCGCAGUGUUAAAGCGAAGGAGGCGCUGAAUGCGGUGACCGGAGGGAGAACCAUCAUUUCUUAUUCCUGAGUAAUUGGCGCUGGAGAACGUUGCCGGCCUGAGGUGACCGUUGCCCGGGGGAACCGGAGGAGGAUGUCACCGGCCACAAAGGCUUGAAUGGCUUUAAUAAAGGACGCUGUGUACGAUGACUAAGCACCCGCCAAACCGUAGAGGCAUCGCCUUCGAGGUUGGAGCGCAACUGGAAGCCCGUGAUCGACUGAAGAAAUGGUACGCUGCGCACAUUGAAGAAAUCGAUUAUGAGGAAGGCAAAGUGUUGAUCCACUUUAAGCGGUGGAAUCACAGAUACGAUGAAUGGUUCUGCUGGGACAGCCCUUACCUUCGGCCUUUAGAGAAGAUCCAACUGAGGAGGGAAGGCCUGGUAGAAGACGAGCCCACGGUGGUUUUCCGUGUAAAUGAACAAGUGUUAGCUUGUUGGUCCGACUGCCGAUUUUAUCCAGCAAAAAUAACAUCUGUCAAUAAAGAUGGCACUUACACUGUAAAGUUUUUUGAUGGUGUUAUACAGACAGUUAAGAAUAUUCACGUCAAAGCCUUUUCCAAGGACCAGGCUAGCGCCGCUCGAUCAAGGCACAGAGAGCGCCCCACCGAGAGCUCGUCUCCUCCCGACAAACACAGAGGUAAAUUUAGGGAACAGAGGAAAAGUUCGGAGAACACGACCGUAGAGAAAGAGAAGGCGCCGGCCGCAGAUAAGAAGGCAGCGCAGCCGGAGAAAGAGAAGAAAUCCGUACCCUGCGAGAAGAGUAAAGUACCGGCUGUGAAAAACGAGAAGGAGGAUAAAGAGAACAUUUCUGAGAAUGAAAGGGAUUCCUCUGCCGAGACCCGGAUGGAGGAGAGGAGCGGGCAGAACGACAGCUUGAAAGUACCGCAUGAAAAUGGAGAGCGGAGGAGGAAACGCGAUCGCUCGUCCUCGCUAUCUGCAUCUGAUCCAGGUUCACAAACCCUUCAGCCUGUGACAUUGGAACUAAGGAGAAGGAAGAUCUCCAUACCAUCGGAAAGUCAUAACAAGCGUCCUCGCCUUGAAAAAAGAAAGAAUGCUGCAUCUGUAAAAACAGAGAAUGUGUCAGACGGAGAACAGACGUGCGCCGAAGAGGAGACUGAAAAGGAUUGUAAACCUUCGGAGAUAUUGAUCAGCAAAAGUCAGGAAGACCCUAUCGUCCUGGAUGUCAAACCGGAUACUGAACCAGAGAAGGAAUCUGUGCAUCAGAACGGUCUGACACCGGAACCAGAGGAACCAGAAGUGGUAACAAAGGAGUCUACGCCUGAGGAUCAUGCGAAACCUGAGCAGCCUGAAGUGAAUGGGUCGUUGCCUGUGGAGGAUGUUGUCGAGCCGGUCGCAGCAGAUGAGCCGACUGUUCUCCCAGACAUCAAAACCGAAGGCCAAGAGAAUGAAGUUCCUGGACCAAACGAAAUUCAGAUGAUUACAACGUUGUCAGCUCCUAUGAAGCGGAAUCCACGAUCUGACAUUUCUGCUAAAUACAGCAGAGAACCUUUAACAAAUACUUUGAAGAAGCCAGAUGAUCCAGCUGCCAAAGCUGUGACCCACCCUGGAACUGGAAGCCACAGGUUUAAAUGCAAAAUUUCGGAUUGCUCCAAAUCCUUUCGCACCAAAUUGCUGCAUUAUCAUAUGAAGUAUUUCCAUGGCGUGGAAAAGGCAGAGCAGGAUCAGAUGCCUAUGGCCAGACAUAUGCAGACAAGAGGCUCUUUAGCUCAUGAAAAGAACAGCCAGCAAACCUCAAAAAGGAGACGCACCACCUCCGGUUCCCUGCACACCCCUUUUCAGAUUUCUCUACGGAGUUCACCCCACAACGGUAAAGACUUACUUGGUGAGAAGAGACGGCAUUCAAGCCCAGCAACAAACAGCUCGAAUGCCCAAAGACCUACACUAAAGGAGAAGAGCAAAGAGAAUCAAAUUCAGAAGUCUUGUCGCAAGCCAGUAAAGAGUUCAGAUAGUGUGAAGGAUAAAGUAAAGGAGAAGUUCAAAGACCUUUUAAGCCUUAAAUCAAAAAAGAAAACGAAGACAAAGUCAGAACUGUCUGGCAGUGAAGAAAAUGUGGACAUUUCAAAGGAGCUGUCCCCCAAAAAGCCCGACCCCAUCAAGCUUGGUACAGACUAUAAAAUCUCUUGCUCUAUAAAAACAUCUGAUCACUUGAAGCGCAAAGAUACAUCCAAACUGAGCGAUGAGGAGACGCUGAGUGAUUCGUGUACAGAAAGCUUGCUUUGGAGCGAUGAUGAUGAGGAGGAGGAUGACGACUACAAUGAAGAAAUAGAUGUGACAAAUGCGGAUGAAGACAUGGAGGACGAUGAAGCGGAGUGUGAAAUAGUUCGUUGCAUGUGUGAAGUGCAGGAAGAGAAUGACUUUAUGAUCCAGUGUGAAGAAUGUUUGUGCUGGCAGCAUGGAGUCUGCAUGGGGCUAUUAGAAGACACUGUACCUGAAAAAUACAUGUGUUAUGUCUGUCAGGAUCCACCAGGGCAACGUGUGAGCCUGAAGUACUGGUACGACAAACAGUGGCUAAAUGAAGGGCACAUGCACGGCCUGUCGUUUCUAGAGGAAAACUACUCUCAUCAAAAUGCAAAGAAGAUUAUUGCAACACACCAGCUCCUAGGAGAUGUGCAGCGUGUGAUCGAGGUUCUGCAUGGCUUGCAGCUGAAGAUGAGUAUAUUGCAAAGCAAAGAGCAUCCAGAUCUACGGUUUUGGGGCCAGCCAUGGAAACAACAUACGAUAAAUGACAGAUGUUACAUCCGACGGACUGUGGAGGAGAAUUCCUGUAAAGAGGAUUCCACAAACUACAGGACUUACAAUGGAGCGGCCGAUAAACCUUCCUCAAUUCCUUCUGUGGAGGAAUCUUAUAUCACCAGUGAACACUGUUACCAAAAACCUCGGACCUAUUACCCUGCGGUGGAGCAGAGACUGGUGGUAGAGACUCGCAGUUCAUCAUUAGAUGGUGGAGUAGACAGGAUACGGCAAAACAGGGAGGACUCCAUUGCUGAAAGACUGGGCUGGGAAUUGGACAGAGAGUUGCUAAAGGUAGAAAGCGAAUCAAAGCAUAACUAUUGUAAGGUCAGAGAGUGUUUAUCAAAGAGGAACCCUCCUCAGGAAUCGCAGCACACUCAGCCCGCAGACAAUGGGGACGCUACGGUCAGUUCACAGCUACAGUGGCAACUCAACCUUCUAACCCAUCUGGAGUCCCUGCAGGAUGAAGUUACUCACAGAAUGGAUUUUAUAGAGAAGGAGCUUGAUGUUCUAGAAAGUUUUUUGGACUACACCGGUGAACUCGAGCCGCCAGAACCACUCGCGAGGCUUCCACAAUUGAAACAUCGGAUCAAACAACUUCUAAUGGACCUUGGCAAAGUAGAGCAGAUAGCCCUUUGCUCAACAUGAAGAGACUCGAGCUGCUGACGGGAUCGGCUCUAUGAAACAGAGAAGUGAGGCCCCUCCGGCGCUGCGGAGCCUUGAGAAGUAGCAUGCAGGCUGCAUGUAACGUGGACGGACUGCUGGGAUGAUGGAGGACGCUGCUUGUUCUUACAGGCUGCUCAUACUGAUAACCGGAUAGAAUAUUAUCUGAAUGUAGUUAUGAGGCUUUGUAUUCUUUUUUUUCUUUUUGUUCCUAUUUCUCUCGGUUGUCUGGAAUUGUUAGUCGCUGGAUCCUUUGCUUUCACCUGACGCUUCUCGCCCCGAUGUAUUUUGUGUAUUAAUUUCUCUCCUGUAUUUUGCUAUUAACUAAAUUACAGCAGAAUCCUCUUCAUGCGCAGGAAUAACAGGGAUUUAACACAUUAAUUAGAACUUUUUUUUUAUUUUUUCCCCCUUAUUUUUUCUUCUCCUUAUCCGUAUGUACAAUUACGUUCCAAUCCAAUUGGUGGUCCGACUGCUGGGACUCGCUGAUCCCUAAAGAGACCGAUUCCGCAUUGAUAACAAAGCACUGUACGACACUGUACUCUCCUUUGGGCCCGUGCACACUAUAACAUUUUAGCCGGGAAAUUCCAGUGCAGCAGCUUCCCCUUGGCACUGUGCACACGGUCACAGAAAUCCUAAUUCUGGACUCCGCCGAAACAAUGAAUAUAUUUAUUAGCCGGAAUCUGCCAGAACGGCACUAUGGUAUGGAUGUCCGCGUAGAGUUUUGGCGCCGAUUCUGGAGGUGACUGCUGCACGUGAAAUCUGUACUGAAUUUUCUCAUUUAAAGGGGUACUCCACUGGAAAAAAAACAUUUAUUUUUUUAUUUUUUAAUCAACUGGUGCCAGAAAGUUAAACAGAUUUGUAAAUUACUUCUAUUAAAAAAUUGUAAUCCUUACAGUACUUAUUAGCUGCUGUUAUGAUCCUCAGGAAGUUCUUUUCUUUUUUAAUUUCCUUUCUCCCUGACCACAGUGCUCUCUGCUGACACCUCUGUCCAUUUUAGGAACUGUCCAGAGUAGGAGCAAAUCCCCAUAGAAAACCUCUCCUGUUCCGGACAGUUCCUAA